AUGUCGGAAAAUAGCGAGCACUCGCCCGACGACACCGAAACGGAGACAAAGGCGAUGGAAGAUCUUCCUAACGAUUCAUCCAAGAGCGAAGCGAAGUUGAUGAAUCAGGCAGACGCGGCUCUACUUGAAGACGAGGAAAUGCCGACGUACAUCAGUGUGUCUAGUAUUACAAGACCAGAUGACUCGGACAUUGUUAACAUGAAGCAGUCUGAAAAUGAGUCUCGAGAGAUUGAAGGGGAUCGUAGCCAGAGUCCUUAUAACAGCGAUGAUCAAGCAGCGAGUAGUGUGUAUGUUUUAUCAUCUGGAGAAGAAACUGAUCAACAUCCUUACAACGAUGAAGAUGAUGAAGAUGAAUAUGGAGAUAGUGACGAAAUGGAAAAUUUAGAGCUCGAUAAUGAUUAUGAUACGGAUCAUCCAAGUAACAUGAAACAUUUAAUGGAUGACGAGGAUGACGAGGAUGAAGAUGACGAAAAUGAAGAAGAUGAUGAAGACAGCCCUAGACAAAUGCAUAAUGAUGAUGAUAAUUAUGAGACAGAUUAUUAUGAUGGAAGAUCAGAUGAUUUUAUCUUAAACAGGAGAUUGAAAAAUCGUGAUAAAGAAAAGAGUCUGUCUCUUCAAGAUUUAAAAGUAUACAGGAAUAAUGUGAACGAUGGAUAUUUUAAAAGAAGAUACACACAAGACUUAAGGCCAAAUUAUUCAAACAUUCCAGAACAAGCUAUUAUGUAUUCUAUGAUUCAGAGAAAGCAACCAGUACUAGGAAAAUAUCAUUAUAUACAAAGCAAAGUUAAAAGCUACAUCAAAGAUAUAAAAGAACAAAAUAGACGUUCCGUGGAAAAAUACAAUGUUGUAAAACAUCAGGAAGAUAUAGCCCAUAAUAAAAGUAACAGCGAACAUAAAAUCAAUGAUACAGAAAAAACAAUGCCUACAGUGAUUAACAAGACAAUAAAAGAUUAUGCUGAAAGAACAAUCAAGGAAUUAGAAAUCGCAGAAACGUGCGAGAAUAAUAUGGAUAAAGUGGCCUAUAAUGCUAUUUCUAUGCCAAUAUUGAAUGGACAAGAUAAUAAAAACUGUUUAGAGUCAAUACAUGAAGAAUCCAUACAAACUGAAGUUCAAAUAGAUAUACCAUUUGAGUCAAUACAGGAUGAAAGAGAUGUUGCAAAUACGGAUAGUAAAAUGCAAAAACAGAAUGGAACGAUUGAAGAUAAAUCAUUAAAGUUCAAUUAUUCUGUUAAAGAAAUUUCAAAUUUUCCACCUCUUGCUCAAAAUGGUCAUCAAGAAGAAGAAGAAGAAGAAGAAGUACCAACGGUAUUUUAUAAUUUGCAAACCUUAAGUUAUGAGGAGUACAUGCAUGGCAUUUCUAAUUCUAGCCAAAAAACUGAUUUAAAUAAAAACGCCCAUGUUGAGCAAGAGCAUAUUCAACCUGAGGUAUGUAAUAAUUCAGAUCUAAUGGAAGUAUCCACGGAUGAAGAAGAUGCUUGUUCUUUAAGGAUUGAGAAUAUAAAAAGCAUUAAGACAAUGUCAGAUCAAACAAAACAUAAUAAUGAACCAAUAACUUUUGAGAAAACAAAUGAAUUUAAAACUACUAUGGAGACUUCAGAAGUUACCAUAUUGAAAAAGAAAUUAACACAGAAGAGUGUAAAAUAUAACAGUCUGCUUGAUACAUAUCAAAAACAGCUUAUGGAAAAUUUGAAAAUGAAACAGGAGUUGGAUGAACUAAGAAAAACAUUAGCAAAAUAUGAAAAAGAAAACAAACCUCCGGAACAGAAGGUUGCAUCAGUUCAAACAGAAAAUUUUAUCGAUAAUGUUUCUAAUCAACCCCAAGAUCAAACUGAGCCUACACAUGUCAAACAAUCUAAAAAUAAAAUAUCAGGUAGUAGUGUUGCUUCAACGCUAAGCUCUAUAGAUCAGUGGAGUUCCAGUGCUUGUAAUUUAUCUGUAUCCAUUAAACCACCUGAAAUAACAAAAACAUUGCAGUCUGACGAUAGUAUAGUACUGACUGAUGGUACACCAAGAAAAACACGUUCACUGUCACGAGCAUUUAUUACUUCAUCCCGCAUCUUGCAAACUCUUUCAAGUAUUACACAGGGAAAAACAAAAUUAGAAAGUCCAGUGAUACAAAAUUCAAAAAAGAGAUUAAAUGAAAAUGUAUCAAUGGAUCUGCAAAAUGAUGAUGGUAGUUAUCAAUGUCUCCCUUCCAGUUCUAAGAAAAGAAAGAUUACAGACAUUCUUGAACCAUCUAAUUUUCUACAAUCUUUUAAAGCUUCCCCUGUAGAAUCGCAUCUAAAGUUAAGUGAAACGCCUUCAGGAUCUCAAUUAAAAAAUUCAUGUGAUUCGACAAAUAAGAAUGUAGAUUUACAAUCAAGUUUACCUAAUGCUAAUACAAGUCAAUUAGGAGCUGCUACAUCUAUAGAGAGCAAAACAGAAACCACUGGUGAUCCAGAGGAUAACGUAAAAUGUUUUGUAUAUCGCGAGGAUGAAAAUAGCAAAGAUCGCAGUUUUCUCAUUCUAGCAGAGGAGCCUGAAAAUGAUAAGGCCGUUAAUGAAAAAGGACGCAGGCGAGAAUGCGGUCCGUACUUACUUGGUAAUGUAGAAGUAAGAAUGUCUGAAAUGAAUGGAACAAUCAACAUUUGGGGUAAAGAGAUUAGUCAAGAAUCCACUGCUGAAACUGAAAAUGACGUAGAAGCAUCUACUACAAUAAAAGAUAAAAAUUAUCAUUGCUGGCAAAAGACACCAAGUACCAGAUUCAAUGGCAGUAAUUUACAAAAGCAUCUUGUUCUACAGAUAAAGCAGAUAAAUUGUCUAGUUCAAAUACGUGUGAAGACUGUGAUUUUUCAAAAUAUCGUAAAGAAUGGCUAAGAUAUAAACGAAUACAUCCCCAAGAAAAAUUACAUUCCUGCUGCACUCAUGAUAUAGACAUGUCAGAGAAG